CUGCGCAUGCGCGGCGGACGGCGCCGGCUUCUUGUGUGCUGUAAGCAUGGCGGAUAGAGCUGGGCUGGAGCAGGCGGUAGCGCAGCAGGGAGAGAAGGUGCGGAAACUGAAGCAAGAAAAGGCCAGCUCGGAGCAGAUUGCAGAAGAAGUUGCAAAACUCUUGGAGCUAAAGGCACAGUUGGGCCCGGAUGAUGGAAAACACAAGUUUGUUCUCAAGACCCCUAAGGGCACAAGGGAUUAUAAUCCUAAACAGAUGGCCAUUCGAGAGAAGGUUUUCAACACAAUUAUCAACUGUUUUAAGCGCCACGGUGCUGAGACCAUUGACACUCCUGUAUUUGAGCUGAAGGAAACAUUAACAGGAAAAUAUGGAGAAGACUCUAAGCUUAUAUACGACCUGAAAGAUCAGGGUGGUGAAUUGCUCUCUCUACGUUAUGAUCUUACUGUUCCAUUUGCUCGUUAUUUGGCAAUGAACAAGAUUACCAACAUUAAGCGUUACCAUAUUGCUAAAGUCUACAGAAGGGACAACCCAGCUAUGACCAGAGGCCGCUACAGAGAAUUCUACCAAUGUGACUUUGACAUUGCUGGACAGUAUGACCCAAUGAUUCCUGAUGCUGAGUGUCUGAAGAUUGUGCAUGAAAUCCUGAGUGCGCUGGAUUUGGGAAAGUUUCUGAUUAAGGUGAAUGACAGGAGAAUUUUGGAUGGAAUGUUUGCAGUAUGUGGUGUACCGGACGUAAAAUUUCGCACAAUUUGCUCUUCGGUGGACAAAUUAGAUAAGACCCCGUGGGAAGAGGUGAAGAAUGAAAUGGUGGGAGAGAAGGGACUUGCAUGUGAGGCUGCUGAUCAGAUUUGGGAAUAUGUCCAAAAUAAUGGAGGAUUGGAUCUGAUUGAGAAGCUUUUGAAGGAUCCCAAGCUCUCACAGAACAAGCAGGCACUAGAAGGACUGAAUGACAUGAAGAUCCUCUUUCAGUACUUGGAACUGUUUGGAGUUACUGAUAAGGUUUUGUUUGACCUCAGCUUGGCCCGUGGUCUGGAUUAUUAUACAGGCGUCAUUUAUGAAGCGGUUCUGAUUCGGGAUCAAGGGGAGCAACAGCAACAGAAUGAUCACACAGAGGAAUCAGUCAAUGUCGGCAGUGUAGCCGGAGGUGGACGUUAUGAUGGUUUGGUGGGGAUGUUUGAUCCAAAGGGCAGGAAAGUUCCGUGUGUGGGUGUCAGUAUUGGAAUUGAGAGGAUAUUUUCUAUCAUGGAGCAAAAAGCAGAGGCUUCUGAAGAGAAGAUUCGGACCACAGAUACUCAAGUUCUAGUUGCAGCUGCUCAGAAGAAGCUUUUAGAAGAAAGAUUGAAACUCAUAGCAGAACUCUGGAAUGCGGGUAUCAAGGCCGAAAUGUUGUACAAGAAAAAUCCAAAGUUACUAAAUCAGUUGCAGUACUGUGAAGAGACCGGUAUUCCACUAGUGGCAAUCAUUGGGGAGCAGGAACUCAAAGACGGCGUCGUAAAGCUCAGAGAUGUUUCCACAAGGGAAGAGGUUGAUGUGUCCCGACAAUAUUUGGUGGAAGAAAUUCAAAAGAGAACCAGUCGGUUUUAAAACAUUACUAUAAAGUUAAUUCAUAUUUGGGUCCACUGAUCUGACAUUCUGACAUACAACACAAUUUUAAAUUUUUUCAGUUUCUGUGUUCUAAAUGUAAUGUAAUAAACAAGAUUUCAAAAGUGA